AUGGAUAUAGGCGGGAAUUCAAACCCAAUGGGUUCUAAUGAAUCAGACUAUGACAGUGACGAUGAUUUUUUCAUGCAAGUAGUGGUUGCGGCGACUAUGCUAUGUAUUAGAUUUGUAUACAGGGAACCUUCUCGCCGAAGGCACACUUCUGGUUGGGGAAGGGCACUUAGAGUGAAUUAUUAUCUGGAACGUAGUCCAACAGUGAUGUAUGACAAAGUCCGUAUGAGUAGUGAUGCAUUCUUGCGCCUAAGUUAUAUCCUUGAGGAAAGGGGCUUAUUGCAACCGACUGUCCACGUAAAUGUUGAUGAGCAAUUAUUCAUAUUCCUAACUAUAUUAUGUCAGAACCAAACUAACAGGGAGGCGCAGCACACUUGGCAGCGAUCUGGAUCAAUGGUGUCUGAGUACUUCACCAAAGUUCUUGAGGCGAUAUGCACAUUGAAGAAGGAAUUCAUUAGACAUCCAGAUUUUCAAACCGUUGACCCGUACAUAAUUGCAAGUGGAAAUAAAUACUCGCUGUGGUUCGAUGAUUGUGUUGGAGCACUUGACGGUACUCACGUCCCAUGUGUUCCCCCUCGUGAAACUGCUGAACUUUACAAAAUAGGAAGGGGAAAAUUUUACCUCGUCGACUCGGGGUACGCUAACAACGGAUGCUUCAUGGCACCAUAUCGGGGGACAACAUACCACUUGCAAGAGUAUAGGACUCGCCGUGAAAGAGGGUUUCACAGCGAACGUGAGCUUUUCAACUACACCCACUCCUCACUGCGUAAUGUCAUUGAAAGAACAUUUGGUGUGUGGAAGGCUAGAUUUCGUAUUUUGAGAACCAUUAACCAUUACCCCAUUACCAAACAAGUUAUGAUUCCAGUAGCGUGUGCUAUAAUACAUAAUUUUAUCCAUAUGUACCGUAAUGGGGACAGCCUAUUAGACCAAUACUCACAAGAUGGCGUUCCGGUUGCAGACAUUGAUUUACAGAAUGUUGAUGAGGACAUUAACGACAAUACUAACCAUGAGGGUCAACCAUUGAAAUCUAAUGCAGAAUUGGAGAUGAAUGCUUUAAAGGAUGCAAGGGCGCAUACAAUGUGGGCAGUGCACUGUCACCGUCGUGCACGCUAA